UCCUAAAGUAAUUAUUAGGUAGAUAUGAAAAUAAAGGGCAAAACUCCGAUGCAUAAGCAGCAUAAUUUAAUAGAUUAAAAUAGUGGAAGAGUUUACAACAAACAAAUCAUGCACAAGAGUACGUAUAUUAAGUUAGUGUUUGCGUUCCUCUUUACGGUUUUCAUAAUUCAGUGUUUCGUUUAUGUCAAGUCUAUAAGUUUUUAUAAACGUUAUCAUAAAUAUUAUCCCGAAAAAAAUGAAGUGUACUGCCACUUUCUGCCUGUCUUUGAUACACUUCCCAGUGUAAAAGACGAAGAUAUAGUAAAAGACAAAUCGAUUUUCUUUUUGGAAACUUCUUGUAAUUCGUAUCAUAGCGAGAAAAUUUUAAUUAAUGGUCGACAGGCCUGUGCUGUAGAAAGUGCGGCUAGGAUGAACCCAAACAGAACUGUAUAUUUGUUUUACGCAUCUCCAGGGGUAUUUCAAGAUGACCAAAGCGAAUCAGAUGGACUAAUCAGGAACUUAAUGUCGUACUCUAACAUAAAGUUACAAUAUCUUAAUAUCAAGAAGUUCGUUCAAGGUACUCCUGUUGAAAAGCUCUGGACUGACGAGAAAAUAUAUAAAUCGAAAUAUGUUUUACCGCAUAUGAGUGAUAUCUUAAGAUAUCUAACACUGUGGAAAUAUGGAGGAAUAUAUAUCGAUCUCGACGUGAUAGUAACAAAAAAUUUGGAUCCUCUUGGAACAAACUUUGCUGGGGCUCAAGAUGCAGAUUCCCUAAACAGUGCCCUGAUAGGGUUUAGUAGUAGAGGUAAAGGGCAUCAGUAUGCCAAUGAUUGCGUUCACGAUUUGGCUGAAAACUUUAACGGAGAUGUUUGGGGCGCAAAUGGUCCUCACAUUAUCACAAAGUUAGCUAGUAAACUUUGCGGUGGCGAUGUGAAAGAUUUUUUCGGCAAAUGGUGUUCGCAUUUCCAUAUAUACACAGUAGACGUAUUUUACGCUGUUCCUUUUCUUAGCUGGCAAGAUUUCUUCGACAACAAUCAACUAGAUACUAUCAAGAAUAAGACGAAAAAUAGUUACAUAAUUCAUCUAUGGAAUAAAUUAUCUUUCGAAAGAAAAAUUCCCGUCUAUGACGAUGUACCUUACUUGGAUUUUGCUCGGAAGUUUUGUCCGGGAACUGUUAGAUAUCUUGAGGAGUAUUUUUAAAGAUCAAAUUAUACAGUGUGUGGGCACUAUGUGUGCAUAUUUGAAGUGAAACUUCUUACCAGCAGCUACUAAAUUGGAGGAUUUGUAGGACAUAUUUGAAAAAGUGACAUAUGAUGCUGUUUUAAUAUAAAUAUUAUUUUCAAUUUUUUCCCCAACUAGCAUUUAUAGUUGCAGAUACGUAACUGCUACUAUCAAAGCCACUACAAAGUGGGGCGGCUGCGUCGUAUAUUCGUAGCUGCUACGUAACUGCGACGAAAAUGGGGAAAGAUUUUGAGUAGCCGGGUAGUGUCUGGGGUAGUUUUUGCCACUAAAAGAGUUACUAUGAUGUGUUACUGUAAAUGGCCUACUGGUGAAUGCGACUUAUCCGUUACGAAACUGCCUAGUCGCGGGUUCGUGGCAGCCAAGUGUUAGCCACCGACAUGUGGAACUUUCGUUAAACUGUUGAACUUGAUUCACAGCGACCUCUUCAUGCAAUUUCACAUUUCAUAAAAAUAAAUGUCAUGAUGGAAAAUAAUUAUGGAAGCCAUUAUUAUUUUUUCGUUAUUUGUUAUUUACCGUGCGAUUUUAACGCCCAUUUUUAGGUAAAUUCCAGAAGGCAAUUAACUUUACUGAUUAAAAUAGUGGGUUUAUAUAACAAAAUUUUCGAGCGCCUCUCGAAAUAUUUCAAGUUAUUAUAUUAUUUGCAAUAGAAACUCAUGUUUGUAAUUAAAAAAUAAUAAUAAUUUGCUUGAAACCGGGGUCAAACUUUAAAAUAUUAGUCCACCGUCAGAAACAACAAAAUAACUAAGGAAAAAAGCUUUAAUCUAGGUAUAUUUAGCUUAAAACGCAUAAUGUUUGAGCCAUUUGGCUGUUCGUCUAAAAAUUCAUGAAAAAAUAUGGCCGUUUAAUCCGAAAAAUACUUUAUAGUUCCAUGUGCUUCCACAAAGUACCGGGAACAAUAACAUAUUAGGCCAACCCUACCUGUUUGGACCUUUAAAAUCUUCGGAUUGAUAAAGUGACAAUUGUAGCUAUCCAUAGGCGACUUUAUAGAAACAAUAACUUUUUUGGAACUACAUGGUCAACGAUUCUUUGGAACCAUAAAGUGAUUCUUCCAAGUUGCUACACCGAUCGCGGUGGUGGCGACUAUACAUUGGUGCUACUAUAACGUUCCGCCUUGUCCUUUGAAGUUAUUUUUUACUUAUUGUGCAUUUUCUAUUAUUAGUGUUUCUAUAUUAUUCAGAGCUACAUAAGGUAUAGAGUAUUUUAACGCCCACUCUUUUAGCUCUUGUUUUAUAUUGUUGUUGGUUCUCAAAUUAGUUCUCCUCUGAUAUUCAGUUUCAGAUGAACUAACACUACACUCAUCUACAGAAACAUCUUCAAAAAUGUCUCAGUCACUACCUGAUUUAUGAUGUUCAUCAGUAGGACUAUAGAAAGAUGAAAGAUGUAGUUUUUGUUUCUGAUGUUGAUGCAUCGGCUCGCAGUGGUUCCUUUUGUUUAAUUCUUCGGUAGAAAGUACAAGAAUAUCUAAAUUUCUUUUUAUUCACCUUAGGGAUUUUACAACAUUUUAAAAAGCUUAAAAGCAAGUAAAAGAAAACACUAAAACAGAGCAGCACACGAUGCAAUAUGAGGCAAUUACAUUUAUUAGCGUAUAUUAGGUAAGUUACGGUCACUAUAAAGUAGCCGUUUUUGACCCCCGUGACUUUUUAGUGGUAAUGGAUGAGCGACAGCUAUUUUAUAGUGACCUAGGAAGGUAGCAGUAACCAUUUUGAUACUUUCAAUGCUACUAUAAAUUAGAAGUAACUUGGUGUCGUGGCCGCGACUACCCCGUAACUUAAAUUGUUACUAUAAAGUAACAAAAAACUUAAUGGAGGCAUUAUGGUAGCACUUGUUGGUAACCCCUACUUUAAAAAGUUACUAUAAAGUUUUUGGUCUUUUAUGGUGUCAUAUUCGAAGAUUCGGGUAGUUCCAGCCACUUCUUUAAAUUACAUGUAUGCGACUUGCAAUCUGGAUGUUUAUUUUCCACUUUUAUGGUAGGUAGGGACUAACCGGUCACUCUCGAAAUAUACUUCAAAGUAACUAUUCCUUAUAGAGUAACAUUUUAAGUGGCAGAGUGGGUCUAGGAACUAUGCUUUAGGGGCAGUGACAUUUUAAAAGGACUGGGAACUAUAUUUGCUAGUUGGGUCGGUAAUCUGUACACUUUCUGUUUCCUCAACAGCCUGCAAGUUUUGUGGAAUACCACCCAAAAUACACACUUUUAUGCAAAUGCCUAAUAAUAUUAAGGCUUAAAUUUAUUUAAGAAGAGAAAAAAUUUUGAACCUAACCAAUAAUUCGUAUUUAUAGUGGUUUAUAGUAAUUUUGUUUAAUUUUACGAAUCUUCUCGUUAAUUGAAGCAUUCCCUCGAAUAAGGGUUUAUGUUAAAAAAAUACUGUAAUUUUCCAGAUGUUGGGAUUUUUCCACAAAAAGGGUCUAUGUAGACAAGUUCAUCCUUUUACAGUAAUAAAUACCCGAUAAUGUGCUUAAUCAUCUAUGAACAACCUGGUUGCCUGCAAUAAGAGUUUAUAUUACAUUUCACAUAAACCCUUAUUCCCUGGACUCAAGAGUUUAUUACAUAUAUCUCUAAUACUGGUUUAUUAUUAUUUGUGUUGUGCAACUUUUUAUAUGUGAGGAUUAAUAAAGUUGAUAUUAGUACCACUUGAAUAUGAUUAUCAAUACGCAAACAUACAGGAUAUUUUUUAUGGCGUUUUAUGGCAUUUAUAUCUCCAAGAACAGCAGAUACCAGUUAGUACUUUAUCGAUUUUUCAUAAGUAAAGAGAAUGUUGAACAAGAAAUCAAGAAUAUCCCGGAAAUGUGAACAUAAAGAAUGAGAAUCUUAAGAUAGAUGAAUAACGUUAUAACGGUAACGGAUGUAUUUACGAUAUAUUUCGAGAAAUCUAAUUUAUCCCGCAAAAUACCGUAUUUAUUACGUUACCGUAUUUACUUAACGUUACAGGCACGAGAACUUCCUACUUACAUUUUUUAAUACCGUAUCAUAAGGUAUAUGCUUACUAGCACAAGCACAACAACUAAAACUAUUAUUUCGGUCUUUCCGAUAUUCCUGUCUUACAGUCCAACCGGUCUUCCGGUCCAGCCGGUAUACCGGUUCAGUAUCGGUACCACCUGUAGAGUUUAAAAUUGUCCCACCCAUUUAGAUGUCUUUGAUCCCAACAAUCUAAUUGUUGGAACCGGUAUACCGGUUGUAGGACCGGUACUUCGUGAUACCGGAUACCAAUACUGAAAUCUUAGGACCGAACAUCCCUACUUUCUACAAAUCUUUCCCAAAACCAUGAUGCAGUUGUGGCCCAGCUGAUUGAUAUCUGCAAGUCUCUCUCUUACAACUUAUCUGGGGGAAAAUCUAGCAAUUUUGGUUUUUCCAAGGAAAAAAAUUGUCACUAGAUCUAAAUUACUAUUUAUUUUUAUCUGAAAAUAAAUAGUAUUUUGAUAUUUAUAAUUAAUUAAUUGAUUAUAAAUUAACAAGAAAACGGAUUUAGAGCUACUUCAGAGGCUGCUGUUGAAUUUUCCCACGCAUAAGCAAAAAUAAUCACAAUUAAAAUCUGUGGUAAGGUUAAGGUUAGUUUUGUUUGUUAGUUCAAGUUGACAGAGACGAUUACAAUAGAGUUGCAGUAUGUAAAGUAAAUUGUAAGAAUAAUCGCACAAGAUAUCUUGCGGCUAGCAAUCUCUUGCUGCAAGAGUCUUGCAGUAUGUAAAACGGCCUUUAUUCUGUCUUUUGUGCGUGGCAGAAUUUCGUAUCAUCCUAUAUUAUUUGACAAGCUUAUAAAACGAGUUCAAGAAUAAUUAUUUUAAGCUAGUGUAGCUAGAUAUUUUUUAAUGAUUUAAAUAAGCAUGUGGACCAACUAUCACCGCAUGAUUUCGUCAGGUACAAAACUAUUUCAAAAUGGACACCUUGGAAGAACAGGAAAUUUAAACAUGCUCCAUAUAGAGUUUAAUUCGGAUAUCUUCAGACUAGCAUAGACAUUUACAAUAUUUGAUGACCUAUUGCAUGAGAAAAAUCCAUCCAACUGAAAUAAGGGCCCAUUGUUUUAGAUGCUCCUGUAUUUUAGUUUUUGCUUGAUAAUGAUUAGUGAUUGCCCUAUUCGAAACGUUGUUAGAAUUUAAUAAAGACAGUACAAAUCCAAA